UCACUCCAGCUGCUGGGAGAUUUAUAAAUCUGGGAAUGGGGGAUGGCUGGAUUGAGAGAAAGGGAAAGGCAGAGCAAAGCUUGAGCUACAGAAAGAGGAGGUGGAGGAAAAGUUCCGGACCUGCUUUGUUUCAAUUGCAGAAAAGUUUUUUUUUUUCCUGCAAAGCUGGGUGGAUUGUCCAGCGAUUUCCUGCGAGAAAAUUGCUACUGCUGUUCCAUCUUGCAGUGAGAGAUUGCAGAGAAGCUGAACGUGAGGAUGCCGUGGUUCAUGCUGCUGUUCCAGGUUCAUGCGUUUCUCUGGUCUGCCAAAGGUGCUGCCCUCAAUGGCGUGGAAGAGGAAGAAGCCCUGGACUAUCUGCUACAGUUUGGGUACUUACAGAAGCCACUAGAGCAGUUUUCUAAUGACUUCACCCAAGAGGAAAUCAAGGAUGCUCUAAGGUCCUUCCAGCUUGCCUCAGGACUGCCUGUCACUGGGCAAGUAGAUGCAGCAACCCUCGGCAAGAUGCGGCAGCCCCGUUGUGGUGUGGAAGACCCAUUCAACGAGAGGACUCUCAAAUAUUUACUCUUGGGUCGCUGGCGCAAGAGGCACCUGACUUACCGGAUUUACAGCUACAGUGACGAUUUGGGGGUUGCAGGCACACGGACUGCCAUCCAAACGGCUUUCAGAUACUGGAGUGACGUGACACACCUCACGUUCCAGGAGGUGCGGACUGGCCGUGCCGACCUCCGCCUCUCCUUCCAUGGUUCCACUCCUUGGGGCUGCUCUCGGCCCUUCGAUGGGCCUGGACAUGUCUUGGCCCAUGCUGACAUCCCUGAAUUAGGCACAGUGCAUUUUGACUCAGCUGAGCACUGGACAGAAGGGACUCCGCACGGUGUCAACUUGCGCAUCAUUGCUGCACAUGAGAUUGGCCACGCCCUGGGCCUGGGACACUCCCGGCAUCCAAGUGCACUGAUGGCUCCCUCCUACAGUGGCUAUCGGCCACACUUUCGUCUCCAUCGGGAUGACAUCGCGGGCAUCCAGGCCCUCUAUGGGAAGAAGACUCUGUCAACAAUGGCAACUGUGACCUCUCCUGCCCACACAACGGUCCCCAGUGUCUCACUAAGGCCGAGUAAAGUUCCUAACCUGUGCAAAGAUGGCCUGGAUGCAAUGAUGUUGGGGCCAUAUGACAAGACUUACGCUUUCCGUGGCGAUUACGUGUGGACAGUGACAGACUUUGGGAUCAACCCACCACUGAAGAUCUCUGCAUUGUGGAAGGGAUUGCCUGGCUGGUUGGAUGCUGCUGUGCACUCUCCCCGUACUGGGCGCACCUAUUUCUUCAAAGGUGCCAAGUUGUGGCGUUACCGAGGAUUCAAGCUGGAUGCUGGCUACCCCAAACCUCUCACUCGUAUCCCAGCCAAAAUAGAUGCCGCUCUGUACUGGCCAGGAAACAAGAAAAUCUUCAUCUUUAAGGGUACUGGUUACUGGCAAUGGGAUGAACUGGGGACCCAUUUCAGCACUCUCUCCAGGAAGAUCUCCACCCUUUUCACUGGGGCCCCUUCCUACCUGGAUGCUGCCUUCACCUGGGAGAAUGGCAAGGUCUACUUUUUCAAAGGGAAGAAUUAUUGGAGGCUCAAUGACCAACUGCGAGUUGAGAAGGGCUACCCGCUAAACACAGCUGAACGCUGGAUGCACUGCUAAUGUUGAGGCGGAUGCUCAGGCCUGCUAGACCAGGACAAGCAUGAAUUCCAGUUCUCCUAGGACUCUGCAAUGAGAUGUUUAAAACAGAUACAAUGGCACCACCUACAGGUGCCAUGCAGGAACAAUUCUUCUGAGCAUGGACCGUGUUAGGGAUGGGAAGGAAAACUACUGACAUCUUGUAAGGCUCCUGUCCCUCUUACUGACUUUUGCUCCAUGCAUUAAACACUUAUAGCUUUCUAAUGCUGGGCUCAGGAAGCAGCCCAUGUCUCUGGACACCAGGAGGAUGAAUGGCAGAAGUACUGAGCCCACGUGCAGGAUACAGGACACCUUGAAGAAGAGGGGGGGAAAUAGGGUGGUGGCUUGGGGGUUGUGCCUUCACAUGCUAGAAUCAGUUGCUGGAGAUACUUUUUAGGAGAGCAGAAGGGAUAUGACACCAGUGUUCACUGCCCAUAGGAUGAACACUGGGUCGGGUUUCAGCAGCUCACUUUCCUUGUAUCUCUUCCACAGAAGAGUUACACUUUUCUAAAAGAAAUAAUUAAGGCUGAAGUUUCAUUAAAAGUAUCUAGAACAUGGAGCAUUUUUCAGAGAUUUUGGUAUGACAUUUGCUCACCCCUGGAUCUUUGAUGGCUGCAUGCAUUGCCCUCCAAUAUUUUGUUUAUGAUUUUUCUAACAGGAAAAGUCCCCCUGUGCCCUCUAGUGACCCCAAUAUAUAUACAUAUUUUCCUUAAAAUUAGAAACUCUGCUCAAGGGUGAUAGAGUUUUCUCAGUAUGCAACAAAAUGGCUCUUGCCCCCUAGAGUACAGGGCAUUUUUUAAAUAAAUAUUUUUUGAAAAAGAUAGAAUUUUUUGUGGGGUGCUGGCCGUGAUUGCUAAGAUAAAACCAGAAGGUAUUCUAUAGUAAUCAAUCAUGUGAUCUUGCAUAUCUAACAGACUGUGUUCAUGUUAAUCCACAGGUCUUGAACAUACAUAAAUGGCUGUUGACAGCCGUUAUGCCAGAUUCACUCAGUCCACAAUCAAAAAAUAAAUUUCAAAGAUACUA